UAUAUAUAUAUUUAGCAAGAAAAAAGUGAAUAAGAACCAAUCCUUCCUGCCAAGAUUCAAUAAAAUUGAAAAUCUCAUAAAAUAAAGGACAAAAGGGUUGGCCAGGUCCGCUACCUCGGCCACAGCCACUACCAGUAAAAGAUUCUCUUCCACUCACUCUUCUCAAUUCCAGAUCGCGGGCCCUCCGAUUUUCGGUAUCUUUCCUGUCGUUGACGGCGCUUGGGGGAAAAUGUCGGGCGAGGAGAGAUGGUGCGUGGUAACUGGCGGCAGAGGCUUCGCCGCCCGUCAUUUGGUCGAAAUGCUAAUCAAAUACGAAAUGUUCGCUGUUCGAAUCGCUGACUUGCCUUCUAGCAUUGACCUCGAACCGUGCGAAGAGAACGGACUCCUCGGCGAAGCUUUACGCUCCGGUCGUGCUCAUUACGUUUCCACUGAUCUUCGCCACAAAGCUCAAGUACUCAAAGCUUUGGAAGGAGCUGAGGUAGUUUUCCACAUGGCGGCUCCCAAUUCGUCGAUUAAUAACUACCAGCUUCAUCACUCGGUUAAUGUUCAAGGGUCUAAAAAUGUUAUUGAGGCUUGCAUUGAACUUAACGUGAAAAGGCUUAUUUAUACGAGCUCUCCGAGUGUCGUUUUCGAUGGGGUUCAUGGAAUCUUUAAUGGGAAUGAAUCCUUGCCUUAUCCACCUAAUCAUAAUGAUUCAUACUCAGCUACAAAGGCUGAGGGAGAGGCAUUGGUCAUCAAGUCAAAUGGGGUUAACGGGCUUCUAACUUGUUGCAUACGUCCUAGUAGUAUUUUUGGCCCCGGUGACAGGUUGUUGGUUCCAUCUUUGGUUUCUGCAGCAAGGGCAGGGAAAUCUAAGUUCAUAAUUGGUGAUGGUAACAAUGUAUAUGAUUUCACUUACGUUGAGAAUGUGGCUCAUGCUCAUAUUUGUGCUGAACGAGCUCUAGCAUCUGGAGGAGAAGUUGCCGAAAAAGCUGCAGGGCAGGCAUAUUUUGUAACUAAUAUGGAGCCAAUCAAGUUUUGGGAGUUUGUUUCUCGAAUACUAGAGGGUCUUGGCUAUCAGAGGCCAAAAAUAAAGAUUCCUGCCAUUGUUAUAAUGCCAAUUGCACAUUUGGUGGAGUGGACAUAUCGGCUAUUAGGCCCAUAUGGCAUGAAGGUUCCACAAUUGACACCUUCAAGAAUUAGACUUCUCACUUGCAGCAGAUCUUUUGAUUGUUCGAAAGCAAAGGAUCGGCUUGGCUAUUCACCACUUGUCUCACUUGAGGAUGGUAUACAGAAGACAAUUGAGUCGUACUCACACUUGAGAGCUGAAAAUCAACCCAAGAGAGAAGGGCCAUCUAAAGCUUCUGUUUAUCUUGGACAGGGGAGGGUUGCUGACACGCUACUUUGGAAGAAUAAAAGGCAGACACUGACAGUGCUGUUAGUAUUGGUUGCAAUUUACUACAACUUCAUUGCUCCGGGUUCUACCAUUAUUACCACACUUUCGAAGCUUCUCUUGGUGUCACUAAUUUUCUUGUUCAUCCAUGGUAGUUUACCAAAUAGAAUAUUGGGAUAUACAAUAGAGAAAAUUCCUGCAUCAAAUUUCCACUUAUCAGAAGAGAAAUCACGGAAUGUUAUUAUGUUGAUGGCUUCAUCCUGGAAUGGCGUCAUUAAUGUUUUGAAGUCUCUUUGCAAGGGGAAGGAUUGGAUACUGUUCCUCAAGGUUGUUUUCUGUCUGCUGCUCCUUAGCUUCCUUGGAGCUAUAUCACUUCGGACAAUUUUCAUCAUAGGAAUUCCACUUGCCUUUAUAGCUUUCUAUGUGUAUGAAAAAAAGGAGCAAGAAAUUGAUGCUUUAGUUCUAGAAGUUUUCUCUAUGGGGUGCAAAUUGAAAUCUGAUAUUGCCAGGAAAUUAGUGACUUCCAAGAAGAAUGACUGAUAGCGCUGGAACCCAAAUUUUCCUUUACACUAAUGGGGAAGUUCUGAGUUAUUUUGAGCUCUUAUCGAUGAUUUUAAGUGUGGGCUUGUAAUAUUAUUACUUGUAGCCAUUUCAUUUCUGGACCAUUCUUUCCAAACUCCAUAUGUUAAGCUGUUAGAUUUAUGUUUCUCUUUUGUUCUCACCCUUUCUUUGGGUUCACUUGUAUGUAUUUCUCAAGAAUGAUUGAUACCUUUCCUCUUUGGAUUGUAUACUGAAGUUUCUUUUGGGUUAAUGGACCAUCUGUUUUUGGUCUACAGAAUAAAAGUCUUUCAUAAAAAUCUAUUUCUUCGUACAGACGUAACACUAGGAGAAACGAAUGGAAAGGCUUUGGAAACCCUAGCAAAGUAUUUCAAGAGAGUAAAGUCCCAAUUUCUAAUGUUUAUUUCAGGAAUAUUUUGCAGAACUAAGAAAUUGGUAAUUUUUAUUUUUACUCAACUAUGUAUAAAAUUCUUCUAAGCAAAUCCUGACCGUCCAAUGCGAUAAACACGUGUGGUAAGUUGGAGACUCCAAGGGUUUUCUUAUAUAAACGAACGUAUUAUGUUAGGCUUUCAAGUCUUCAACAAGGUUAAAAACCUAAA